CACACACACACACUUCCCUCCCACAAUUGAACAACAAAAGCCGAUUUCACAUACGGACAAAAAUGGGUAUCAAUAUAUCAUAAAAACUCCCAACCUACUCUUCUCUCCCUGAUUAUUACCCGCCUCAAGUUCCAGCAUUUAACAUUUCCAAUUACUCCAAUUCAAUGCAAUGCCCUUCCCCUUCUUCCUCUCCACUCCGUCGUCCCACCAAUAAUCUAGCUGUUUCAGCUGAAUUGGCGAUUCCGGUGUAGAGCGUAUUGGUGUACGCCGUUGUUCGAUGUGAAUGUGCUGCUUGUGACGAAUGCAGAAUUUGAGCGGUGUUUUUUCUUUUUAACCUUGGGGAGGGAAUUGUCUUUUGUGUUUCCAUUGGUUGGAACAGUGUAAUGCUUCUGGUUUUGCUUGAGGAGGUGGUUUUUGGUUAAAAUCUAGGGAUUUUUUUUUUUACUGAUUCUGUUUCGUUUUUCAAUUCGUUAGUGUAGCUUUGGUUAUUAUUUUCUGGAUGUAUGUGUAUAUAUGUGUAUUGCUCUCUGUUUCAACUUCAAUAUUUUGAUUCUGUGGUGAAUAGUGAGUUUUUACGGUAGUUAGGCAUAUGUUAGUAUUGCAUGUUUCGGAGAAAAUUCGCUUCUUCAAUUACUGAAGCUAUUUUAAGUUGGAGGAAGCUUGGAAGAGAGUUCUGGGUGAAAUACGGAAACGAAUGUUAACCAAGUAUGCCGAGCAUCACAGCUCCAGCUACCAAAAAAACCACUACUCUUACUGUGGCUGUUAAAUGUAGGCCAUUAACUGAGCGAGAACGUGGUCGGGAUAUAGUUAGAGUGCGCAAUGCUAAGGAAGUGCUUGUUCUGGAUCCUGACCUUUCGAAGGACUACCUGGAACUCGUACAAAAUCGAACCAAGGAGCGGAGAUACACUUUUGAUUAUGCAUUUGACCCUAAUUGUUCCAAUUUGGAUGUCUAUGAGAGAAGUAUACGUUCCACAAUUGUUGGGGUUGUCCAAGGUCUAAAUGCAACUAUCUUUGCUUAUGGUUCCACUGGGAGUGGGAAAACAUACACUAUGGUUGGAACUGAAGAUGACCCCGGACUUAUGGUUCUCAGUCUAAAUACAAUCUUUCAUCUUAUUGAGAAAGACAACAGCUCUGAUGAUUUUGAAGUUACUUGUUCAUACCUUGAAGUCUACAAUGAGGUCAUUUAUGACUUGCUUGUAAAGUCAUCAGGUCACUUGGAAUUAAGGGAGGAUCCAGACCAAGGAAUAGUUGUUGCUGGCCUCAGAAGUAUCAAGGUGAAUUCAGCUGACAAGAUUCUUGAACUUUUGAAUCUGGGAAACAGCAGACGAAAAACUGAAAGCACCGAGGUUAACGAAACUUCCUCACGAUCACAUGCAGUCCUAGAGAUAAGUGUGACAAGAAAAGAGCAAAAGGAAUAUCCCAACCAGGUUAUCAGAGGAAAACUUUCACUAGUGGAUCUUGCGGGCAGUGAACGAGCAUCUGAAACAAAUAGUGGGGGCCAAAAAUUGAGAGAUGGUGCCAAUAUAAAUCGAUCACUUCUUGCUUUGGCAAAUUGCAUAAAUGCUUUGGGAAAGCGCCAGAAGAAGGGACUAGCUUAUGUGCCAUACCGCAAUAGCAAGUUGACACGGAUUCUUAAAGAUGGCCUGAGUGGUAAUUCUCAGACAGUAAUGAUUGCCACUAUUUCGCCUGCUGACAAUCAGUAUCACCAUACAGUCAAUACUUUGAAGUAUGCUGACCGAGCAAAGGAAAUUAAGACACAUAUCCAGAAAAAUAUAGGUACGAUAAAUGCUCAUGUAUCAGAUUACCAGAAGAUGAUUGACAAUCUUCAGAGUGAGGUUACCCGUUUGAGAAUGGAAUUAGCUGACAAAGAGUCGCUGCUCAAUGCUAAGCUUCCUGAAAAACAAGUGGAUGUUGAAAUAUCUUGGUUAGAUGCACUGAGCCAAGAAACCAGUGAAAAUGUCCAGGAGAGGAUAAAUUUACAGAAGGCUCUGAUUGAACUUGAAGAAACUAACCUUCGUAAUAGAAAGGAACUCCAGCAUCUUGAUGAAGCUAUUGCAAAACAGCAGGUUAUUGAAAAUGAUGGAGUUGUUGUGCAGGCUUUGCAAACAAGGCGUCAACUGAUUCUUGAUAAUAUUCGUGAUAAUGAUGAGCUUGGUGUUAGUUAUCAGAAGGAAAUUGAAGCAAAUGAGAAGCGCCGGGGUCAGCUACAAGAUAUGAUUGAUGAAGCAAUUAAAAAUAAUGGCAACAAAACAUAUUUGGGCAUUCUCAGCCAAUACAGACUGCUGGGAAUUACUAACACUGAACUUCAAUUCGAAAUCGCGAUAAGAGAUCAAAUUAUUUACAGCCAAAGAGAAGCACAGAGGAAUCUCUGGAAUCUUCUCAUGAGCUUAGGGCUUGAUGAGAAGCAAAUAGUAGAGCUUGGUGCAAAGCAAGGAAUAACUGUCGAAGACAUCCAUAUGACAACACCACUUGGGCAGUCCAAUUUGGCUCAUUACCCAAAUCUGAAGUAUGAACGAUAUGCUCCAUCGUACUGUUCUGCAUUUAAUGGUCUGUCUGGUGCGGUAUCACCUUGCUUAUGUCCUCAAGACCGGGAACUCAUUUCAAGAUCUGUUGCUGUGGACAGCCGGAAACUUCCUCCUACAUUUUUCCAGGAGCACCAUACUUCAUAUUAUUACAUUUCCCAUGGUUUAUACCCAUCAGCCAAUCAGCAGUGGUGCAGCAAACAACCAAGUUCUCACCUUCGUACCCUUGAUCAACGAUCACAUGGCUUGCGCAAAUCAUUUCCACCAAUGAGCAGCAACAUCACUCCAUAUGAUGAUGGUGUUUCAAGUUCAUCUUUUAAGACUGACUUUUGGCAGCAGCAGCAACAGGAUGCAUGGGCUGUUGCUAAUAGGCAGGACAUAAAUAUGAAUCCAUAUGUUGGACGGGGUAGCACCGGUAUGGCCACACAUCACGGAGGGAUAACCCCAGGUAUGUUUAGACAUCUCGAGCUAGAACAAGGUGUUGGUAACAUUAACCCACAGCAUGGUUUUCCAAAAACUCCAACUUCCGCCCGGCAGCAGAGUGUUGGAAAGAUGCUUCCUUCCCAUGUUACUUCAAAGUUCAAGCACAAGCAGUUUUAAUGCUGGUGAACUUGAUACUUAACUGAUUGAUUCUUGCAGAACUUUCUUUCCAUUGGUUCAUUUUUUCUUUUAAAUCGUGUACCCUCCAUAAUGUAUAUACUAUAGUGGUGUUAGAAGCAGUUCAAAUAGUUUAGGGCAUAUACAUUUAGCUCAUUCUUUCGUAUCUUAAUUCAUUUUCUUAAUCCUGUUUGUGAAUAGCAUAUACCCGAACUACACAAGAUUUUUUGCAGAAUUAGUUUGUGAAUAUCUAGAGUUUAAUUGUCAGGUUUGUAAAUAAGCGUCAUGAUCUUCAACAGUGAUACACGAGUGUAUGUAAUGUACUUGGCUAUGUGCUUUACAUUUUCUAUGCAUUGUUGUGAAGUUGCUCUGUA